AUGGACCUGCAGAAGCUUCAGAUCUAUCACAGUGAGCUAACAUCGUUCAAAGCCAACUUGGAUAACAAAGCCUCAGGACUGUCUGAGGAGCUGGAAGCAUCGGGUCUGCGGGUGAAGACCCUGAAAAAGGAGCAGUUGAGGGUCCAAUGCGUCCUGUCCACCCAGAAAUUCACCCCAGCAAACAUCGAGAGGAUCAACUGGGAGAAGAGUGGGCUGCAGCAGACCAUCAACAGCCUGAGCAAAAGCCUGGAGCAGACUGAGCAGCACAUGUGGAAAGAAGAGAUCGCUCUGGCCAAGGUCAAAGAGACAGCUGAAGUGAAGGUAGCUGAGUACCACAAGCUGGACCACAACAGAAUACAAACCAUCGACUACGGUCCAAUACAGAACACAGAUUCAAAAUCCACUUAGGAAAAUGAUCAAUGAUGUGGAAGAAGAGUGUAUUCGGCUAACAAACAUUACAUUUGGUCUGGAAGAGUCUGUGGAAAAGGUUAAUUCAAAUAUUUCAGAAAAGGCAAACAACUGAGAGAGCAAAUUCGCAGGGUGGAGGAGCAGCUUGAACACCACAUCCAGGAGAAGGCCGGUGAGGAUCAGAAGUUUGCUGCUGAGAUGGAGGAUGCGGAGAACCACCGCAAGCUGCUGGAGAAGAAGGUGACCUUGGGAUAUGACGACGCCGUGGAGGAGCUGAAAGCUGCCAAGCAACAGUACCAGAUUGUUCUGCAAGAAACCAAAGAGGAGUGGCGGACUCUGGCGAACAACCUAGCCAGUGUGCUCACCACGACUGUCAACCACCUGUCUGUCCAUUGUGGAGAAAUUAAUGGACGACCAAUUCAAUAG